AAGGAAGCCAUUGCUAUUUUCGAGCACGGCACAGCAGUUCAUGUCACAAUUCUCGCAGAAGAUAAUCGUCGUCGACUGGUGUUAGAGCACGAGCUUACACGAGCAUAUUUGGAAAAUAGACAAAUUCACGAAGAAAUCAAGCUAAUUGAGCACGUUUCCACAGUCCAAAAGAGGACGCUAGCAAAAGAUGAUCAUUUUCGAUCUGCGUCA